UGGUAAGACGUCGGACUGUCCUGCGCGAUUAACUGAAUGUGGUAUUAGAACAAAUCCUAUAAAAAAAAUUCUACAAAUUGAAGGUAAGCCGAGAAAUUAUAAUACCAUAGACAAUGGGGCAUGUACACAUCUGAUAUUGAAUAUUGAACUUCCAAAAUAAAACAAAUGUACUAGCCUCAAUAUAAUUCUAGAAACUAUUUGCCUAGAUUGCCUAAAUACAAACUAUUCGUCUAUUGCCUAGACUGUAUGGCUAUUGCUGGUAAAAAAAAAAAAAAAGAAAAGUCUAAGAAAAGACCGCCAAACAUUUACUCAGGAGCCAAAUCAGACUCAUGAGUCUAAAAGAACCUGAGUGCCAAGAUAAAUGGACUGUCAUGCAUGAUGAUUAAUAUCUGCUAGGAAGUCUGAACUGCAUACAGCAUUUACUUACUACCGUUAGGGUGAGUACUGUUUGAGCAAAUCCUGCAGAAAUGUUCACAGUAUAGUUUGUCCUAAAAUGAAUGACACAUUUGUUUUUCAUUGUGACUGGUCACAUGUUUAUUGGAUUUAAUAUGACCAAACAGUUUCAGAGUGAUGUUCAAAUCAUGAGAAUACCCUUUGAGCCAUAAACUCAGUCACAGAUUAAGCAUUUUCUGGCAGUUGCUUGAGAGCUAGUUGUAAAGAAAUACCCCUCUCCCUACUCCUAGAACCAAAGGUGAUGCUUGGACAAUAAUCAUUCACCCCUGCAACUCCCAGCAACACUUCAGCCAGCUACCCAGUCAGACCUUGAUCCUACACUGUGGUGGAUUGCUUUGGUUUAUAAAAGAGCACUUUAGGCUGCUGGGCCAGCAGAAAGCUCAUUUUAUGACUUUUCUCUCCAGUUUCAACAGUUUGAACAUUUGAUUUUGUUUUUUAACAUUUUAUUUAGAACCCGAAUGGCUGAUGUUGUCUACGAUCCAUUGUCUAUUUUAGCAGCUCCUGUUAUUUGCAUGAGAUCAUCUGUCCAGAUAAUCAGGUUAAAAUACAAUAAACAUUGUGAAAUACUUUGUCACAUUCAAAUUCAAAGUUCAUGAGCGUUAGAUUUCAGGUUGAAUGUGGACUUAGCCUAAAAGCCUGUGGUAAAGGGAAAUGGCCACAGGGAAAUGGCAUGGACAGGUUGGAGCAUUCUAACAUGACGAAGCCUGAGCAAUGAACAGAACAGACUUGCUAUCAUGUGUCCACUGGCCCUAAAAAGGUGUGACGGUGUGCGAGUUGUUCCAGAAUAGAUCCCUUGUUAACUACAUUUUAAACUAAAACAAAUGCAGUGCAUCAUUUAACACACAGGCAAGGCUACUCCAUCUAUACAAAACAGGUUUGCAGUAUGCAGCUUUAGGGAGGGAUAUCAUUUGUAUUCACUUCAGUCUUGCUGAAACUGAUCCUGCUAAAGGAGAUUAAAGUAGCAAGCUGUAAUCUGAGUCACAUGUGGCCAGGAUAUUAUCUCUCAUUCACAGAAACAGAGUUAACCACCAUAACCACUAUUCUCCUCUAGCUCUGCUACCCAAUCUUUAGGUUUCAAUGAAUCACUCUGAGGGAUAUACAGUAUGAGAUCUGUGAUAUAAACAGGUUUAUGGAGGCAUGAAUGAUAGUUAUAUAGGGACAUGAAAAUACAGAAUGAAAUGUGUUAUUUAAUUAGUUACAUUUUACUUAUGCACAACUAGAUAACAACAUGUGAAAUAGUAAUUGAUGGUAUUCAAAGUACCCAAUAUUAAUAUAUUACAUUAUUCCUGCAUUAUGUAGUCAAGCAUUUCUUAUAACAGGGAGGGAGAACAUUUAUCUACUGUCAACUUCUACUACCUUGGACUCUUCGCAAUGCCAACGAGUAACACAUGGCCCGGUGGCAUCACCAUAGAGACAGUGACCUGCAUGGACAGUGCAGGAAGCUGUGAUAGUGUUGUCAGCAUGAACUCAGGAUUUAGUGACAAUAGCCUUGAGCACCUGUCUGCAGAGGAGAAGGCAUGUCUCAUGUUCCUGGAGGAGACCAUAGAGUCCAUAGAGACUGAGGAGGACAGCAGACUAUCCGAUGACGAGCCUGACGGCAUGUCUGCCCCAAGCAAUGUGGCAAGCAAGACUGCCCACCUUUCUGCCUCCAUGGGUCAAAACAAGCUCCUUGAUGUAUCAAUACAUCCCAGUGAGGGGCACAGUCACCUCGUUCCAACUCCAUUCAUCCAGGCUAAAGGCACGUCUUACAUCCCACCCAAGGCCAGGCCAGGCAUAGCCCCAGAUGUGGACACCUUUCACCAUAAACCCCAGGCCACUGCCUUGGAUGUUAGGCUAUGCCAGGACCACCACUCUCGUGUACCUCCGGAGGUCAAUGUUGUGGUUAUUCCCCCUCCAUCUAAGCCCAAAGACUACUCUGGUCAAUGGCCACCCCCUUCAUCCAGGGGCCCUCUGUCCUAUGAUGCUCUAGUGCAGCUGAGGAAGAGUGCCUCCCUGAAAAGACCCCCCAAAAAUCCCCCAGAUGCGACCAGAGACUCAAAUAGGCAGCCCUCUGCGCCAGUCGUUCCAGUCGAGGUUCACUGUGGAAGCACACCCAGAGGACCUGUAGCUACCACAGCCCAGGGCACGCACCUCCAGGCCUGUCCUCCAGUAGUGUUCCCCAAACCCCCGACGAUUCCCACCCACAUUGCCUUGAGUACCCAAAAAGAUACAGCUGACUCCACCACAGACCCAUUGCCCAGUGACAGGUGUUUGUCAGACCCCCAGAAAGUUAGAAAGGAGGCCUUGCAAAAGCUGGGGCUCCUAAAAGACUAUAAUGCGUUCCAGCCUGUUACACCACCGUGGUCAUCCAAAUCUCACUCCACCUGGGACCUACAUUCUUCCAAUUGUGGUGUCAAAGCACCAGCCUACGGUAAACCGAAAAUAAGCCAGCCCUCAACCACCUCCCAGGGAACCAGAGAACCUAAUGGCAGGCCAUUACAAAGCAGCAGCAGUUUUGUCCAUCGAUCUUGGAGUGAGGAGCAGCCAGCUGUACCUGAGUUACACCUGGCUAAGGUCAAAGCAGCAACCCUAGAACACUCUGGAGUGGGACUUGGGAGUUCCAUGGCAAACCACCGGAAACCCCUCCAGGAUAGAUGUUGCACUCCAGUCGCUCACAUCAAAAUCCCUGAGCAGGAGAAAACCCACGCUGCCCAACCAGUUUCCCCACACAAGACCCAACAAUACCAGGGCUUCAGUGUGGUUAUGGUGCCCAACAUGGGAGAGGAUAGACGGGAGGCACUUAGGAAACUGGGGCUGUUGAAGGAAUAAGGCUGGGAUACAUUCAGACCUACCAAAGCAAUGUUCAUGCCAUGCCCACACUAAUCUUAUUCUAAAAAGUGAAAGCCUACCUGUGAAAGGGGUGGUCUGGUCGUGAUAUAGUACCCAAGACCAGUCCUACAGUUCAUUUGACUACUGGAACAGAGCUACUGCAUAAAUGCUGCAAUGCGGGUUUGACCGCCCGUAUCUCUGUAAAGUGAACUUGAACAUUUGAUAUUUACCAGCAGAGAAGUAGCAUGGAGUGGGGAUUGAAGUCCUUUUUGUACAUAGUUUGAACAGUGGCUUAUCAUACUGACAGUACUGACGUUUCUGUCAGUAAAAUCUGCAGUAUACUGCAUGUCCAUUGUUUAAUAAGAAACGUUUUGCAGUCACAGGAUCAGUCACUGCACAUCGAUCAAAGAAAUGGAUGUAACAGUUGGUUUUAUAUGCACAAGGAAUAAACUGUGUCUGUUUGCUUCAGAGGAGAACAUAUUGGAUGAAACAUUAAAAAGCUUUUGCCCAUUUUGUCUAGACUGAGCUUUUUGCUAUUAAAUUACAACUAUGUUUUUUUCAUCCAGCGACUGUAAACCAUUCAUAGUGCUUUACUUCUGUUUCUUCCGUUCAGUGCACCCUUGUCUCUUAUGGACUCAGUCCUACUACUCCUCUUACCCCUGGUACUGUCGCAGUGAGAAAGCCUAGUCAGCAGUCUGUGUGUUAUCAGCUUAUCUUGGACUGCACCUCCAGA